GGACAACGAUUCUGAUAUCAAAGACGGUCUGUUAGCCUUUAUUAUUUGAGUUAACCAGGCUACAUAUCUCAGAAUUUCUCGCAUGUGUUACAAGUUACAACUUGUAACAAACCUAACAUGGAAGUAAGUAUAACUGAAUCGUUUAGGAAUCGGAUCGUUUUUGUAACUGGAAGUACAGGAUUUUUGGGAAAAAUACUCACUGAAAAAUUACUCAGAUCUUGUUCAUUGGAAAAAAUUGCACUGCUUGUUAGAAGUAAAAAAGGACUCGAUCCAAGCCAGAGGGUAGCAGAUAUCUGCAAUCAGUCUAUGUUUGACCGCCUUCGAAUUGAAAAGCCCAACUUCAUGACUAAGAUAAAAAUUAUUGAUGGARAUUUGGAACAACCCUCACUAGGUUUAUCAUCAAAUGAUCGUGAUUGGUUGAUCGAAAAUGUGAAUUUCAUUUUUCACUGUGCUGCAACAAUCAAAUUCAACGAACCUCUUUCAGUAGCAAUAAGGAUAAACAUUCAAGGAACAGAAAAUCUAUUAGAACUAUCAACGAAAAUUAAUAAUCUUAAGGGUUUUGUUCAUGUAUCAACCGCUUAUUCACAUUGCCCAAGAAAUGAAAUCAAAGAAGAAUUUUAUCCCGUUUCGAUAUCAGCCAAAGAAUUGAAAAAUGUAAUUAAACGAGAUAAAAAUACACACAACGUUUUAGUAGAUUGGCCCAAUACAUAUACUUUCACUAAAGCACUAAUGGAAAACGUAAUAUCAACAAAUGAUAAUCAUUUACCGAUCUCAAUAUUUCGUCCUUCAAUUAUAGGGUGCACAAAAUCUGAACCAGAACCAGGUUGGCUGGUUAAUAUGAAUGGAUUAUCUGGGGUAGUUACUCCAAUAAUCGUCGGAUUUUUAAGAACAAUUCAACUGUCCAAAAACAAAAUAACUGAUAUUGUCCCAGUUGACUACGCUGUCAAUGCACUAAUUAGUGUAAUGUGGGAUACGGUAAAUAGACAUCGAGAUGGCGACAGACGAAAUAAGGUACCAAAAAUUUAUAAUUACGUGUCUAGUGUUGAAAGCUCAAUGAAUUGGGGCGAGUUCUUACAAUACACAUAUGAAACGUACCACCAGGUGCCUCCAUUGGGAUCAAUGUGGUAUAUAUUUUGUAUAUUUUCUGCUAAUCGAUGGGUCGUUAGUAUUUCGAGAUUUUUUUUACACCGAAUUCCUGGGGCGAUUGUUGACUUAUCAUUCAUUAUUCGUGGAAAAAAACCAAAAAUGCUGAAAAUGUAUGAAAAUAUGGAAAAUAUGACUGAUUUGCUUAUAAAGUUUACGACGAGUGAAUGGAAAUUUGACAAUAGCAAUACUCGAGAAUUAUGGUCAUUACUAAGUAAAGAAGACCGCAAAACAUUUUGGUUUAGUUUCGAAGAUUUCGAAUGGAAAUCAUACAUAAAAUGUAUGGUUUACGGGAUUAGGAAACACAUUUUACACGAAGACUUAAGUAACAUGACGAGAGCAUUGUCAAAAAAUCGAAGGUUAUUUUGGUUGCAUCUGUUGUGCAUUUUCUUUAUUAUAAUAUACAUCAUAUUUCAAGUAUAUUGGAUGGAU